CGUUCAAAGUAUAUACACACUACAUGCUUUGUCAUCACAGUUGUUAGUGAAUAAAGUUAAGUAUGUUCAGGUGUCACUUGAAAUAGAUCAUUAUACACAACGGUUUAUAACUCCGCUUCAUCAAUGAUGUAUGAACAGACUUUAUAAUUCGUUAUCGUACAAAUAUGCAACUCUGUUUAAGUGAAUUGAAUAGAACACGCAAAACAAUGUCAUCCUCGAAUUCUUCUCAAAAUUAUUAUUAAUUCAUGAAUAUUCACACGCACACCAAAAUAACACCACAUAUUUCAACUUAUGGUCCCCACUGCAAAACACAACACAAGUUACAUAAUCCAUUAAUCCCGUACACACGAACAUUGUGAAGAAAAGUGGUACGACCCGUCACAUUCUGUUUCUGUCCUCAUAAGGUUAUAUGAAGACAGGCAAUCGACUAGCUUAUUGACCUGCUUGUUUGUUUUCAAAGCUCUUGUCUGGUUGGUCGUUUCUAGUUCAUUCUCAUUAUGUGUCCAUAUUUAUUAUAGUAUAAAUACGAAUCGGUUCCAGUUCAGUCAACUGGGCAAUUCUUAUGAAAUCUGACAUGUUUACAGUGUUAACGAUAAUUUCGGGGGCAGUCAUUCUCACUCUGAAUUGUGUGAUGUGUCUGGACAAUGGGUUGGCUAGAACACCACCAAUGGGAUGGAACGCAUGGCAAGUAUUCGGCUGUCAGUUGAAUUGUCAGUUGUAUCCAAACAACUGUCUUAAUGAGAAUGCAAUCAAACGAACAGCUGAUAAACUGGUAUCGGAUGGUUGGCGAGAUUUGGGUUAUAAAUAUGUGAUACUUAAUGAUUGUUGGUUAGCAAAACAACGUGAUCCGAUAACGAAUAGCCUUAUGGCAGAUCCUUCAAGAUUUCCCAGCGGUAUGAAAGGCCUUGGACAAUAUUUACAUUCGAAAAAUCUGCUGUUCGGAGUAUCUAUUGGUUAUGGAACUCUGACUUGUUCAGGUUAUCCAGGUAGUAAGAACUUUCUCGAAUUGGAUGCAGAGACUAUGGCUGACUGGGAAGUGGAUUACGUGAAUAUGAACUCAUGUAUCGGUCGUGAUCACGUGAAGCCUGAUGGUUUCAAAAAAUUCUCUCGACUACUUAAUGGAACUGGAAGACCUAUGAUGUUCUCGUGUACAUAUCCUCUGUAUGAAACAAGGUAUACAAAAGCUAAAUCUGUUGACUGGAACCCAUUAAAAAAGUACUGCAAUCUAGUUCAUGCUCUGCCCAAUAUUUAUAGUAGUUGGGGAUCUGUAUUCAAUAUUAUAGAUGGAUAUAAACUUCGCAACGAUAUUUUGCCGGAAGUGGCUGGUCCCGGACAUUACAAUGAUCCCGAUAUGUUAGUCUUGGGAAACAACGGACUUUCGAAUGACGAAAAGCGAGCUCAUAUGGGCAUGUGGUGUAUGUUUGCUGCCCCACUGGUGAUCUCAGCUGACAUGGACAAGGUGGAUCAAUUCAGUGCAUCUCUGUUACGUAACAAACAUUUGUUGUCAAUAGAUCAGGAUAAAGGUGGACAUCAGGCGGAAUUCGUGAAAUCACGAAAUGAUGUACAGUUGUGGAUACGAAAAUUAGAUAAUUGUCCAGAGGGUUGGGCAAUCGCUUGCAUCUACACAAAGUUUGAUGGAGGACCAAUCGCAUUUAGUACAAAUCUUGAUGAAUUCAAAUCACAGAUGUAUACAAUAUCAGGAGAUAAGUUUGAAUUACUGGAUGUAUUCACUGGUGUUAUAUUCAAAAACGUGCAAUUGACAGAGAACUUUACAAUUUCCAUCAAUCCAUCUGGAAUUAUGAUGUUUCGAGUAAAUCCAUACCAAUAAAUUGAUGGAUGUUUCCGUCUCGUGGAUUCUGUUAACCUCAGUUCAUUUCACAAUAGUUCUGUGAUUUUGACUGAACAGUUAUUAGAUGCG